UCUCUAAGCUCCAUACAUCUCCUCUUAUCUUUCUUUUUCAGUGUUCUUAUUAUUCAGACACAUUGCGAUGAUCGAAAGACGUAUAUCGUGUACAUGGGGGAUCUCCCAAAGGAAAUGGAAGUCACGGAAUUGCAUCACAUGAGCAUGGUUCAAGGAGUCCUUGGCAGAAACUUUGCACCAGAAGCGUUGGUCCACAGCUACAGGAAGAGUUUUAAUGGCUUUGCGGUGAGGCUAACAAAAGAGGAAGCCAAAAAAGUGGGCGGAAUGGAUGGUGUAAUCUCUAUGUUUGAAAGCAAAAGGCACAAGCCCCAAACAACGAGGUCGUGGGAUUUCAUAGGGUUCCCACAGCAAGUCAACAGAGCAAGUUUGGAGAGUGACCUCAUCGUCGGAAUAAUCGAUUUCGGAAUUUGGCCAGAGUCUGAUAGCUUUAACGAUCAAGGUUUCGGUCCGCCGCCCAGAAAAUGGAAGGGCUCUUGCCAGAACUUCACUUGCAAUAACAAGAUAGUAGGCGCAAAAUACUUUGUAGGCCAUGGGUUUCCCGCCAAAGAUGACAUUGGAUCACCAAGGGAUACAGAUGGCCACGGCACUCACUGUGCAUCCACCGCAGCAGGAAACUGGGUUAACUCAGCGAGUCUAUACGGGCUAGGCUCCGGCACAGCAAGAGGGGGAGUCCCAUCAGCUCGAAUUGCUGCAUACAAACCUUGUUGGUCAUCAGGUUGUUACGACUCGGAAAUUCUGGCAGCAUUUGACGAAGCAAUCUCUGAUGGCGUCGACAUAAUUUCCGUAUCACUCGGCGAAACCUCGGUGAUCCAUCCUAACUUGUUUCAGGACAUAUUUGCGAUUGGAUCUUUCCAUGCAAUGAAGAACGGCAUUUUAACCUCAAUUGGUGCCGGCAACUUGGGUCCUGAGUUGUUCACCAUGACUAGCUUUGCCCCCUGGUCGCUUUCAGUGGCUGCUUCCACUAUUGAUAGAAAGUUUUUCACCAAGCUUCAGUUGGGAAAUGGCAUGGUUUUUGAGGGAGUUUCGGUGAAUACAUUUGAUCCUCAUAAUAAAACGUAUCCUUUGAUUUAUUCUGGAGACGCACCCAAUAUCACCGGUGGUUUUAACAGUUCCAUAUCAAGUUCUUGCGUUGAAAACUCUUUAGAUGAAGCAUUAGUGAAGGGGAAGAUUGUUGUGUGUGAUUCUGUUCCGAAACAUAAUGCGGCACAAAAGGCUGGGGUCGUUGGGGUCGUCGUUCCAAUCAUUUCCUCAAAAGAUGUGGCACAUGCUCUUCCUCUUUCUUUCACUUUGCUUACCCUCAGAGAUGGAGAAUCCAUUCGCUCUUACUUAAAGUCAGCAAGUAAUCCAACAGCUUCUAUAUUUAAGAGCAAUGAAGGCAAAGAUUCUUUGUCCCCAUACAUAGCUUCCUUUUCAUCAAGGGGUCCGAAUCCAAUUACUCCCGACAUUCUCAAACCUGAUAUAACUGCCCCCGGAGUAGACAUCAUAGCUGCUUGGCCUCCCAACUCCUCCAUCUCCGGGGCAGCAGGAGACAUGAGGGAAUCAAACUUCAAUAUAAUGUCAGGAACUUCCAUGGCUUGCCCUCAUGUUUCUGCUGCAGCUGCCUACGUUAAAUCGUUUCACCCCACCUGGUCCCCUGCAGCAAUAAAAUCUGCCCUAAUGACCACUGCUUCUCCCAUGAAUCCUGAGCUCAACCCGGAAGCUGAACUUGCAUAUGGAGCUGGACAAAUCAAUCCCAUUAAGGCAUUGACUCCCGGCUUGGUAUAUGAUAUCAGUGAAUCAGAUUACGUGAGGUUCUUGUGUGGACAAGGUUAUGAUACAAAAACAGUGCGGCUCAUUACAGAUGAUGACAUCAACUGUGAGAAAAUUACGAAUGAAACAGUGAGGGAUCUCAAUCUCCCAUCAUUCGCUUUUGAGACAGUCAUCUCAAAACAUUUGAGCGUUGUGUUUCGUAGGACUGUGAGAAACGUUAGAGCAGCUAUGUCUGUAUACAAGGCUAAAGUGAUUGCUCCUUCAUCUCUGUUAACUAUUCAAGUGACACCAGAUGUUCUGUCGUUCUCAUCUGCGGAUGAGAUGAAAUCUUUCACAGUUACUAUUGAAGGACGCAUAAAUGUACCAAUAGUUUCUGCGUCUUUGAUUUGGGAUGAUGGCAAUUUCCAAGUGAGGAGCCCUAUUGUGGUGUAUGGUUUUAAUUAGCCUCCAGUAGUGGCCAACCACGUACGUAUUAUCCAGCAUCAUCAGCCUGGUACUGUGUUGUCCCAUGGAAGGAAGAAGAAAAAACGUGGUGCGUAGAGUGGACUUCAUGCUACCGGCAAGUGAUGAUUUGUUUGUUAAGUGUGUUUUUCAGUUACUCAGAGGAAGUUUAAUAAA